AUGGACCCGGACUGUAUAAGACAGAACCCACAGACGCUGGUGAUUUUGCAGUCCCCAGCUAGUUCUGCGCCCCAAGGAGAUCAAGAGCUUGUGUUGCUAGCCUUAGAAGGCUGUGUGCCUGUUUCUGUGGGGAUCGAGGAACGCGUGGGAAAUGGAAAUGAUAAAAAGAUCAGAAUAAUGUCUGUUGAAAUGCUGUCCUUCUGGGAUGUGGCCGUUGAUUUUUCUCCAGAAGAGAGAGAAUACCUGGAGCCUGCUCAGUGGAGUCUGUACAGGGACGUGAUGCUGGAGACCUACAGCAACCUUGUGUUCCUGGGUCUUGCUGUGUCUAAGCCACAGCUUGUGACAUUUCUGGAGCAGAGACAAGGGCCUUGCGAUGUGAGGACACGAGCAGCAGCCACUGUACCUCCAGGAACAAGACAUAAUAAUUGUAAUAAAUAUAGCAAGAAUAUUCAUCAUAACUCACUCCAGAGGAUUCAUAAAGGGGAGAAACCCUACAAGUGUGGAGAAUGUGGUAAGGCCCUUAGUUCUCAUAAAACACUUUCUAUACACCAGAAAAAUCAUACUGAUGAAAAACCCUACAAGUGUGAAGAAUGUGGCAGAUCAUUUUAUUACCCUUCAAUGCUAAAGGGACAUAAAAGAAUUCAUUCUGGAGAGAGACCCUACAGGUGUGAAGAAUGUGGCAGAUCAUUUUACUACCCUUCAAUGCUGAAGCGACAUGAAAGAAUUCAUUCUGGAGAGAAACCAUACAAGAGACACCAAUUAAUUCACUCUGAAGACAAUCCCUACAAGUGUGGGGAAUGUGGCAAAGCCUUUUCUACACUUUUUUCUGUUACUCAUCACAAGUUUGUUCAUUCUGGAGAGAAACCAUACAAGUGUGCAGAAUGUGGGAAAGCCUUUUCUUACAAUUAUUCCUUAGUUCAGCACAAGUUGAGUCAUACUGGAGUGAAAUCUUGUCAGUGUGAAGAAUGUGGGAAGAUGUUUUAUUCUUUUUCAAAAUUGAAGCAACAUAGAAAAAUUCAUUGUCAAGAGAAUCUAUACAAGUGUGAAGUCUGUGGAAAAGCCUUUUACACUAAUUCUUCCCUGAUUCAGCACAAAAUAGUUCAUUGUGGAGAGAAAUCCCAGAAAUGUGAAGAGUGUGGCAAAAUGUUUCCCUGUACCUCAAAACUGAAGAGACAUAAAAGAAUUCAUUUUGCAAAGAAACCCUUCAAAUGUGAAGUAUGUGGCAAGAGUUUUCGUACUCGCCCAGAAUUCUGUGUACACAAGAGAACUCACACCAAUGAGAAACCACACCGAUGUGAAGAAUGUGGCAAAAUGUUUUACUCUACUUUACACCUUAAAAGCCACCAAAAAAUUCAUACUGGUGAGAAACCAUACAAGUGUGAAGACUGUCACAAAUCCUUUAGUAGGCUUACAACCCUUAAGACACACAGGACAGUUCACACUGGAAAGAAACCCUACAAUUGUGACCUGUGUAGUAAGGGUUUUAUUACACCUUCUCUCCUCACUAAACACAAGAUAGCUCACACUGGAGAGAAACCAUACAAGUGUGAGGAGUGUGGCAAAAAAUUUUCCUAUUCUUCAGACUUUAAAGCACAUCAAAUACUUCAUUCUAAAGAUAAUCCCUUCAAGUGUGGGGAGUGUGGAAAAGCCUUUACUAAACUUUGUGUAUUCACUCAGCACAAAUUUGUUCACACUGAGGUGAGACCAUACAAGUGUGAAGAGUGUGGCAAAAGUUUUUCUUAUUCUUCAGACUUUAAAGCACAUCAAAGAAUUCAUUCUAAAGAUAAUCCCUUCAAGUGUGGGGACUGUGGCAAAGCCUUUGUUAAUCAAUAUGCUCUUUCUCGACACAAACCAGUUCAUACUGGACAGAAAGCACACAAACGUGACCUGUGUGGAAAAGGAUUCAGUAAGCUCUCUGUUCUUACUGAGCACAAGAUAGCUCAUACUGGAGAGAAACCGUACAAGUGUGACACGUGUGCCAAAGGAUUUUCCUCCUCUUCAGUCCUUAGAAGACAUCAAAGAAUUCAUUCUGAAGACAACCCCUACAAGUGUGGGGAAUGUGGCAAAGCUUUUACUAAGCUGUAUACACUUAGACGGCACAAGUUUGUUCACACUGGAGAGAAACCAUACAAGUGUGAGGAGUGUGGCAAAGGAUUUUCAUGCUCUUCAUACCUUAAGGCACAUAAAACAAUUCAUUCUAAAGAGAAGGCCUAA